GAGGAUAAGGUCCCCAUGCAAGUGGAAUGCCUCAGCAUCCCCACCGGGCAGGAAUGUCGGGAUAGUCAGCCUCUGGAUGGAAAGUCAAAAGACUACUGCAUGCUGCAGAUUGUUAGGUGAGAUGGGAAAGCGAUUAGUCUUUGUGUAGAAAACACAGGUGAUUGCUUGGCCUGGAAAUUUAUACUCCAAGAUUCCAGGACAAACACAGCCUAUGUGGGCUCCACUGUCAUGACUCAUGAGACACCCGUGGUUUCCUCCCCUCCACCACACAUGACCUAUGCUGCUCCGGCCACUGAGGAAUAGGGCCGUGAGCCAUACAGUGGUGUGUGCCCGCCAGGAACUCAAACUGUCUAUGCUGCUAAUGGCCAGGCCUAUGCUGCGCCCUGCCAGGACUCCUGUGCAGGACUUGAUGAACAGCAGCCUGCUAACCAAGUCAUCAUUCAAGAGUGAUAUCCAGACAAUGACAGUGACCUGGCACUGGGCAUGUUGGUGGGAGUGGCUAUGGUCAUGGCCGUAGGGUCUCUGUUCUGGGUCUUCUAGAGGCUGUCAGAUCUUGAUGUGCAUAGCUUCUGAUAACCCUGUGUGCAGUAAUAUGAUUUACAGGGCAUUUCUGUUUGUGACAGGUGUUUUUAACAAUAAUUUUAAUCGUUCCUUUGAAAGU